AUGGGAAAAAUGACUGAAUCGAGUAAGGAUAAAAAUCCGUAUGUUCCCCGCAAAGAGAUGGCGGGUUCUUCAGCUCUAAGGUCUCCUCCCCGUAGGCAAUCCGUCUGUGAAUCCUCUCGUCAAAGUUCGACUCAGUCUGACCUGACUCUACGGGAUCUUGCCUCUAUUCAGCCUGCUACGGGUAGUAGUCUUGGAGAUAGUCGAGCCCGUAAGAGACGUGGUUUUCAAGAUGCCCCUCCUGAUCAAUCUAAGCCUUUGAAGAAGCCUCCUAAGAAUUAUAUGUUGCCAAGUGAUAGCUGGCGCCCUCUCGACUUGGAAGCUUGGAAGGAAAAGAGAGGUUUGAAGGGUUUUACUGUAAAAUUUUAUAAUGACGAGGAUGAUCUGACUUACGAUCUGAUCUCCAACUACAAGUAUAACCAUAUGCAUUGUCUCACCACCGUUGGAGCUAUUGAAGCUGGUAUGCCCAUCCCCUUAUAUCAGAAGGAGGAUUCCUUCGUCUAUGAUGUUCUUGCCUCCCGUGACAAAGUAAAGAGUUCUGCCUGUCGCUCUGCCGUCACUUACACGGGUAACUGGUGGAGUCUACUCGAGGAGUGUCGUCUUCGUUGCCAUGGUGCUACCAAGAUGACCAAGUACAUUCCCAAUCCUGAGCAAAUAUCAUGGUACACUCCGGAUAACUUUAACUUCACUUACCAUGACUUCAUUAGUUCGGCGGUUCACAAAAAAUGGAGUGUUGGUCCCAGUCGCCGUAAGAUGUGUAUCAAGAGAGAUUUCGAGAAAAGAUUUCGACUUCUUCUAUCUGAAGUUGAUAAAGCCAAUAUUUCUUGGGUUCCUGGUACGGAGGAUGAUGUUAAUCCCAUUCCAUUUCCAAGGAAUGAAAUGGUUCGUGAUGAUCAUGAAUUCAAGUGGCAUCACACUGUUAUCGAAAUUGUUGGCCCGUGGUGUUGGGGCUGGUCUCCCGUGAAUCCGGAGAAGGUUCGCGAAUCUGGUCCUACAAGAUACGGGGAUUAUACUCCUUGGCUGCUCAACUUCUCUGGUUUCAAUUUCGAUUAUUCGGAGGAGGAACAAUAUGACAUGUCUUCUAGAGUGAAGGCUGCCAAGAAACCUAAGACUUCUCAAAGUUCUACUGCCGGAUUUCAAGCGGAAGAUUCGGGUGUUGAAACGACCAGUCUCCCCUUGGAGGAGGAGUUUGAGUCUGAGUCUGAUGGUUCCGAUCAAACCCUGAAGCAAUCUUCUUUGCCUAGAUCCCGUAAAGAAGAUGAUACUCCAGAAUCAUCUGCCCGCGGGUCUCCUCCGCAAUCUCAACACGGUGAGAGUAAGGAUGUUGAGCAGUUACCCCACGGGGACGAACCCGACGUUGUUUCUCCUGUGUUCUCGUUUGAUACACAAGGAGCUCAUCAAGAGAAGAUCCUGCAAAUCGAAUCUGCUGACCACGGUCAUGAAAGAGUAGAAACUCCGCCUUCCCCUUUUGUUCCUACGUUUGAGGAUUUGGAUCCCUUGGAAAAAGAUUCAGUUUCCGAAACGUUGAUGGGUGAUGCGGGUCCCUCUUCUGUUGCAACAACUAGGUUUUUGGUGGAUCUUAAUGACUUUGACCCCGAAGAUGAGGAGGCUGCUUUGAACUGGGCCAGGGAACGUGGAUUGCUGAGUGGCUUUAGCCCUGAAGUUCCUGUCGAACGCGAUUCUCCGAGUUCCAUGGAAACUCGCAAUCGUAUGAAGCCUACUAGCUUUGAAGAAGUGAGGGAUUCUAUGCUUCGUGCUGACCGCAUCUCCCAAUCUUUCAUUGACGUCCCUCAUGCUAGUUUCAAAGAGAUGACUUCCUGUGUUGAUAGUCAUACUUACUUCUUCCCGCAGUAUCAUCUAUCUUCCUUGGCUCGUCAAGUUGAUUAUAUUUCAACUAUAUCAACUUUACAAGUUGAAAGCAGCCAACUAAAGGCAUCUAUUAGCGGCAUCAGCUCAGCUGAAAAAACAGAAUUAGAGAAUCUGCGUGUUGAGUUGAUUAAACUGAAGGAGACUCAUGCUGAAGAUGCCGAGAAACGGGAAGCUAGCCUUAAGCUUGAAGUGGUGAAUUUAAAAAAGCAAUUGGAGGAUGCGGCAUCCGCAAAAAUUGCAGAGUUGAAAAAGCUUCAUAAAGAUGCCUCGGAACAUGCCCGCAGAUCGAUGAAUAAGUUUAUUGACCGUGUGAACCAUGAUCACAAGAAAAAUAUUUACAAGGCAUACGAUCAUGUCUAAUGAUUGACACUCUUCUUUCAUAGUUUAGUUU